CCCUGUCAUUAUCAUUAGAGUUUUGCAGAAUCUCUGCUAAUGGUGCUUUUUAUGACAAACCUUUGUUUACUUUCAGAGCCCUGGGUUUUUUUGCUUUCAUUUUUUUUCUGACAAUCUGUGUUUAUAGAGAUAACGUGAUCUUGGCAAAGCAUGUAGUGGUGUAUCUUUGCAAAAAGCUGGCUGGUAUUUCAGAUAGGGAGCAAGUGGAGAGCUCUCAGGCCAUGGGUGAUUAAGGAAGCAUUAAGUAAGUAUCAAUUUUCUUAAAUGGAUGCUGUAUUCACAGAAAACAAAAACGUGGUGACUGAAAAAAAAAAGAAUUGAGACAUUAUGUUCUACCACUGCUCGUGCGCCUGCUUUGUCUGACCUCCUGCGGAUACCAGCAGUGAGUGAGUGACUUGUUAUAUGCUUAUUUAAAGAGCUUCAUCAUUCUCAUGUUUCAUUCAGAGAUUUCUCAAGUGAUAAAAGGCAAAUGCUCUGAACAGAACCAAACCGAACAAUGGCCUGUCUUACAAUGACAAAUAUGGAAGGUACAGAAACUUCUACUGCCCAUCAGAAUGGUGACAUCCAUGGGAAUAGCAGUGCACCCAAGCAAACAGAACCAUUGCUUCAAGUAUACCUUUAUCAUUCUCCUGGGAAGACAGGAGGAGAUUACCUUCAAUUUCCAGCUGGAGAAUAUGUCGCAGAAGAGAUCUGUGCUGUUGCCUGUAAAACCUGUGGUAUCAUGCCAGUGUAUCAUAACAUGUUUGCACUCAUGAGUGAAACAGAGAGAAUGUGGUAUCCCCCAAAUCACAUCUUCCAUGUAGAUGAAGCCACCAGACUCACCCUAAUUUACCGUAUAAGGUUUUAUUUUCCCCACUGGUAUUGCAAUGGCACCAGCAGAGCAUAUCGGUAUGGCAUUCUUCGUGGUACAGAAAGCCCUGUUCUUGAUGAUCUUGUCAUGUCUUACCUAUUUGCACAGUGGCGAGCUGAUUUUUUGGACGGAUGGGUACAGAUGCCUGUUACUCAUGAAACACAAGAAGAAUGCCUUGGAAUGGCUGUUCUGGAUAUGAUGAGAGUGGCAAAAGAAAAGGACCAAACUCCACUGGCUAUUUACAAUUCAGUCAGCUACAAAAUGUUUUUGCCUAAAUGUGUGCGAGCAAAAAUCCAAGACUACCACAUUUUGACACGAAAAAGAAUAAGGUACAGGUUCCGCAAAUUUAUACAACAGUUUGGCCAAUGCAAAGCUACUGCCAGAAACUUGAAACUUAAGUAUCUUAUAAAUCUGGAAACCCUUCAGUCUGCCUUCUAUUCAGAGGUUUUUGAAGUAAAGGAACCUGGUGGAGAUCCUUCUGGAGAGGAAAGUUUUGCAACCAUUGUAAUAACUGGAAAUGGUGGAAUUCAGUGCUCAAGAGGAAAACUUAAAGACUGUGAGACACUGGCAGAGCAGGAUUUACAAACAUACUGUGAUUUUCCUGAUAUUAUUGAUGUCAGCAUUAAACAAGCAAGCCAAGAAGGCUCCAGUGAGAGAAGAAUUGUCACUAUUCACAAGCAAGACAGCAAGAAUCUGGAGGCUGAAUUUCAGUCAUUAAGAGAAGCUCUCUCCUUUGUAUCAUUAAUUGAUGGAUAUUACAGAUUAACUGCAGAUGCCCACCAUUAUCUCUGUAAAGAAGUAGCACCACCAUCAGUUCUUGAAAAUAUCCAAAGCAACUGCCAUGGACCAAUUUUCAUGGACUUUGCUAUCAGUAAACUGAAGAAAGCGGGUAAUCAGACUGGCUUCUACGUUCUUCGUUGCAGUCCUAAAGAUUUUAAAAAAUACUUCCUCACUUUCGCUAUAGAGCGAGAGAAUACCACUGAUUAUAAGCACUGCUUAAUUACAAAGAACGAGAAUGGAGAAUAUAAUCUUAGUGGAACCAAGAGAAGUUUCAGUAAUCUUAAAGAUCUGUUGACCUGUUACCAGACAGAAACUGUCCGUUCAGACAGCAUAAUUUUCCAGUUUGUCAAAUGCUGUCCUCCAAAACCAAAAGAUAAAUCGAAUCUCCUAGUCUUCAGAAGCAAUAGUGUUGCUGAUGUACAUUCAUCACCUACACUACAGAGACACAAUAAUGUCAACCAGAUGGUCUUUCACAAAAUCCGGAAUGAGGACUUGAUAUUCGAGGAGAGUCUUGGACAGGGCACGUUUACAAAGAUUUUCAAAGGUGUAAGGAAAGAAGUAGGAGACUAUGGCCAGCUCCAUCAAACUGAAGUUCUUUUAAAGGUUCUGGAUAAAGUGCAUAGAAACUACUCUGAGUCCUUCUUUGAGGCAGCAAGUAUGAUGAGCCAGCUUUCUUACAAACAUUUGGUGUUAAACUAUGGAGUCUGCGUAUGUGGAGAAGAGAACAUUCUUGUACAAGAAUAUGUAAAAUUUGGAUCCUUGGACACUUACUUGAAAAAAAACAAAAAUGUUAUCAAUAUCUUGUGGAAACUGGAAGUAGCCAAACAGUUGGCAUUAGCCAUGCAUUUUCUCGAGGAUAAAGGCCUUAUUCAUGGGAAUGUCUGUGCAAAAAACAUCUUGCUUAUCAGAGAGGAAAACAGGAAGUCUGGAAAUCUUCCAUUUAUAAAACUAAGUGAUCCUGGCAUCAGUAUUACAGUUUUGCCAAGAGAGAUUCUUCUUGAGAGGAUACCAUGGGUGCCACCUGAAUGCAUUGAGAAUCCCAAACAAUUAAGCCUGGCCACAGACAAAUGGAGCUUUGGUACUACUUUGUGGGAAAUCUGCAGUGGAGGAGACAAACCUCUAAGUGCACUGGAUUCUUCAAGAAAACUGCAGUUUUAUGAAGAUAGGCACCAGCUUCCUGCCCCCAACUGGACAGAACUAGCAAACCUUAUAAACAACUGUAUGGAUUAUGAGCCAGAUUUCAGGCCUUCAUUUAGAGCAAUUAUACGUGACUUGAAUAGUUUGUUCACUCCAGAUUAUGAGCUUUUAACAGAAAGUGAUAUGUUGCCAAAUAUGAGAAUUGGAGCACUUGGGUUUUCGGGUGCUUUUGAAGAUCGUGACCCAACACAAUUUGAAGAGCGACAUCUGAAGUUUUUACAGCAACUUGGCAAGGGAAAUUUCGGCAGUGUUGAGAUGUGCCGCUACGACCCACUGCAGGAUAAUACAGGGGAGGUGGUGGCUGUGAAAAAGCUGCAACAUAGCACAGAAGAGCACCUUAGGGAUUUUGAAAGAGAAAUUGAAAUUCUUAAAUCUCUGCAGCAUGAUAACAUUGUUAAAUACAAAGGAGUAUGCUACAGUGCAGGUCGUAGGAAUCUAAGAUUAAUUAUGGAAUAUUUACCAUAUGGAAGUUUACGAGAUUACCUGCAGAAACACAAGGAGAGGCUCGACCACAAGAAGCUUUUGCUGUAUGCAUCUCAGAUAUGCAAGGGCAUGGAGUAUCUGGGCACGAAAAGAUAUGUUCACCGGGAUUUAGCAACAAGGAAUAUCUUAGUGGAGAAUGAGAACAGAGUUAAAAUUGGAGAUUUUGGAUUGACAAAAGUCUUGCCACAAGACAAAGAAUACUACAAAGUAAAGGAACCUGGUGAAAGCCCUAUAUUUUGGUAUGCUCCAGAAUCUCUGACAGAAAGCAAAUUUUCUGUGGCCUCAGACGUGUGGAGUUUCGGUGUCGUCCUGUAUGAACUCUUCACAUAUAUUGACAAGAGCAAGAGCCCACCAGCUGAAUUCAUGCGCAUGAUUGGCAAUGAUAAACAAGGGCAGAUGAUUGUAUUUCAUUUGAUAGAGCUUUUGAAGAAUAAUGGACGACUACCAAGACCAGAUGGAUGCCCUGAUGAGAUUUAUGCCAUCAUGAAAGAAUGCUGGAACAACAAUGUUACCCAGCGCCCCACCUUUAGGGAUCUUGCUCAGCGAGUGGAUCACAUAAGGGACAACAUGGGUGGAUGAGAAGACUGUCCCUCCUUCAGACAACGUGUUGGAAUGCAGAACAAAACAUACUUGGUCUGCUGUGUAUAAUUGACAUAUGCAUGAUGUGUAUCUCAUCUUAGCUGAAUGUAAAAUCUAUGUGGCAAAGUUCCUAUCAUAGUCUGCAUAUUGAGGAAUCCUGCUGGUUUUCUUUAUCAGGAUGUAUUUGUUACUAUGAGAACAUGUUGAAAUUUUCAAUAGGGAGGAGAGAAAUUAUUUUUCUAAGUAAGAGAAUCUAAUAUAUGGUCAGUCUAAAAUACCAUUAUUUGCCUUACUUGGCAAUGCAAAAAAGAGGUGACUUAAAAUAUGGUGAGACUAAGAGGUGAAAAGCCAGUGUAUUUCCUUGUUGAAAUGGAGAUGCGCAGAAAAGACUGCUAGAAAAGUGUUUUCAGACUGAAUGUAUAGUGACUUGGCACUCUGUUUCGUGUGUUGCACAAGGGCUUGUGUUUGUUAGUACAGUUUUACCAUUUUUUUGCAUUGUUCAUGCAGAAAUGGCUUCUCUGUAUAACAAAACAGAAGUGGUUGUGUAACCCACAAACUUCUAAUGUGCCUGUCUGAGUCAGUUAUCAGCCAGCGAUAUAUGCAAAGAGAUAUCCUAGGCUGUGUGAUGUACUGUAAGUAUUUUGAGGGGAAGGGAACAAAUUGUUCUUAAUUUGGAGAGCCAGAAAUCCUACUCACCUAUGUGAAAAUUUUAAUUUAAAAUUUAAAAACAAACAUGUUAUCCAGUUUUUCUUCUUUUCCUGGCUUGAGUAUUAGGUUCCCUUUAUAAAAUUGAACAUACAGUGAUGACAAGUAGCAAUGAUGCCAUUUUAUACAAGGCAGUAUCGUCAGUUUGUUUCUGAAUACUAAAAAGCUAAACAUACUGCUUUUAAAUGCUGCUCUUUUAUUCUUCUCAUCCUUGUAAUUUUCAUGCAGUUGUAAAUGUAUCUAUAAAUUGGGACCUUUUCCACAGCGGAAUGAAAAAUCUAGAAAAUGCCCUCAAUUUCGCAAUUCCUCACUUUGCUGUUAGAUGAUCAUCUUACACCUUCCCUCCAGUACAAAAAACCAGAAUGCUUACGGCUCAGUAUCUAAACGGCCAGUCACAGUCACAUCAAGUCUGUUUCGUAAUGAAGUGGCCCAAGUCACCUCCUUUUUCUUUCCGUGGUAAUACCCAACAUAAGAGUAUUUGAAAGGAAGAAUUACAAGUGCAAUUUCUUCACACUUGGCAGAAGGCAAGGACAAGAACCCAGUUAGUGAGAACUGGAAGGAGAUCAGAGCUACCUUGAGCAGAUUACUUAUGCUGUAUAAUUCAGCUUUUGAAAUAAGUCUAACAAAAAUUUAUGGACAACUGUUUGGUUCUGCCUCCAGGCAUAAAACUUGGGGAUAAUCUCAUAUCUCAAAGCAGUGAAGUUGCAGGUUUUGUUUAUUUUUAAUUCAAGUAAUCUCAGUGUUGUUGUUGUUGUUGGUUUUACAUAAGCAUUAUUGUUUGCAAAGUACAAUGCUCGUUUUUCUUGGACUUUUGCUGAAAGAAGUUCAAUUAAGGGGAUAUGCAACUUAGCAAACUGACCUGAUAUCUAGAUUUGUAUUUAAAAAUGAAAUGUUCAUUUAUAAAAUUUGUGGCAGUUGAGUCAGUGAAACAGAGUUACUUUCACUGUGUGUCCUCCUUAAGAUGUGUGGUUAACUACAUCCAUCUUGUCAGAAGUUUAAGUACCUCAACUUUAAAAAAAUAAAAAAAAAUUAAAAAUCCAUACUUAGUGUAACGUAGUGCCAGUAUAGCAAUGUUUUGUACCACUAUGAUGUUUCUCUCCCACAAUUACUCAUACAAAAUUACAAUUUUAUAAUAUGGGAGAUUGCUAAAUAGGGAAUGCUGCCCAUUGCAUUUAACAAUAUUUCUGUUCGUUUUCUUGCCACCAAGGACUUGCAUAGAUAAUUUUAAAAACUAAUUUCGUGAUCAGUUUUUAAGCUGCAAAGAACUUCGAAGUGCUUUUCAGUGUAACAUCUGUUUUCUCCAUUUCUAUAUAUUGCUUUGAGGAUUUUAAAUUUUGUGCAAAAAAUGUCUUUGCAUUUGUAGUCUCAGUUGUAUGUAUGUGUUUUUUGUAACAAAAGAAGAUAAAGCUUUAAAGCAUUGAAACAGCAUUUUAGCUGGAUAACAUAUGCAGGAAUUAUUAAAAUUUGCAGUGUAUGACACUCAGUAGGUAACUGGUUUCCAAUAUAUAGUAGACUAAAUAUAAUUUAUGUAAAAAUCUCAGGGAAGCUCAUGUAAUCCAAUGAAGAAAUCUUCCAGUCUGCUAUUUUUCAAGUGAAUAAAAAGUCUUUUUGUUGUUCUACUACAGUAUGACUGAUUACAUAGUUUAUUUGAUUGCAUAAAUAUAGUGUUGAACUCAAGGAUCAUUUUAAAGUGUCUGGUGGAUUUUUUUUUUUUUUUUUUACUUUAGUGCUUUAUAAUUUUUAGAGAAAGCCAUAUCUUCACACUGCAGUAUAAUUUUGUGCUGUUGGUCAGGAACAUAGAGUCUUUUGUUACAAACCUGUCCAUGCAAAGGGCUUGAUCAUUUGUGAUGAGUAUUUUUAGCUGGGUGAAUAGGACCAAGUAGUACUUAGGACUCUGGGGGGAUGUGUGAUCAUCUGCAGGGUCAAUUUUAGGUCCUGGAGGAGACCAAAUGGUGUUCUCAAAAAACUCUUGGGGAUAUAAAUGCAGUGAUUUUGCUGAAUUUGCUAUUGCAAAUUGUAGUAAACCUUGGAAAAAAACAAACAAACAAACAAAAAAAACCCCACACCACCAAAAAGCGCUGCAUUUUGAAAGCUCUACAGUAGCGUUGAAUAGUGCCGUAUCUUUAUAUAGUCUUUGUAGUAACAGAGUCAGUUCUUUGUUUUAGAUACUUUCUUCAGCUGGCAUUGCAUUUGUCAUACUUCAGUGUAAUCAUGCUACUCAAAAUGCUGUGAUUUUUUUUUUUUUUUGUAGAAAAAGUGCUGGAUUAUGCAUACAUGGCUGCUGCUAUGAUGUAGAAUUAAAAUAUAAACUACUGCUUUGCACUUGUAUUUAAAGUGAAAGAAUUUUUCUCUAAGUGCACAACAUAUCCUGUAUUAUCUUAUUCUGUAUAUCUGCAAACAAGUAUUGUUUAGUAUAACAUUGGUUCUCUAUCAGUAUAAAUAUGUGAAGCUUCAAAAUGUGUUUUAAAAUAGAUUGUAGAACCUUACAACAGUCACGUGGUAAGCCAGAGGAAGAUUGAAUUUUCAGGAAAAGAAUCCCACAUUCUUGUUGUCAAGUCCUAGUAUUGAUUAAAAGCUUCCAGUUGAGAUAAUUGUUACUAAACGUACAGAUGAAUGUAACUGUAAAAAUACAGGGUUCCCCUCCUCCUGCCUCCUCCCCAAAAUUAAGUUUUUAGUUGUUGCAUUUAGUUAAGGUGUUGACCAACUGCCUUGAAAUGUAUGGGAAGAAGUAUCAAGAAAUGUAACUCUUGUGUGAAGAAGGCAAGCUUCUAAGGAAUGUGUGAUCACAGGCACCUAGAGGAUAAGAGUUCUGAGAGCAAAAAUAGAAGCAUAGAAGAACAAGAGAAUGAUGGAAAAAGGCCGAUGUUCAACACUGAAGAAGCUUUCUGGAGUGGGAGAUGCACAGUGAAUUAUGAAAAACUGAUGUCUACUGGAAAUGCCAUACCAUGAAAAAUAUGCGCUAAUGUGUUUCUAAAUUGUAUAUUGUCUGCCUUAAAUAUAAAAUGCUCACAGAGACCUAACCCGAGUGAAAAAUACAAAAAUUACUAUACCAAAAGAAACUGCUUAAGAUUGUGCCAUGCCAGACAGCAAUUCUGAAAAGAUGUUUGGCUAAGUGUUUUUCUGAAUUUUGCUUUUUGAUUAAGACAUUUACAAUACUUUAUAUUAAAGUAGGAAAAGUCCCUUUAAGGAUGGGGGUGCAGGGAAGGAAGAAACCUGCUACUUAUGGUUGAGCUGCAAACGUUUGAGCACAUGGUUUAUGGAAGAGAUCAUGAAAGGGAUGUUUUUUAGAAAAC